ACUGUUCAAUUACUGACGUUCUGAGUUUGAAAAGCUUAAAAGUAAUAUUUAAAAAAUGAUUAAGAUUUAAGACAAGUAUAACGGAAAUAACUAUUUCAAGUUUUAUUUAUAGGUAUUUGUUUAGUUAAAUGAAUUUAAAGAAUAUAAAUGCUUCUACUUACUAUACUUUCAAAUAAACAAUGACUCCAAAAGUAAUUCUAUUAUUUAGUGGUAAAAGAAAGUGCGGUAAGGACUUUUUAACAGAUCAUUUAAAAACUAGAUUCGGUGAUGAGUGUGAGAUUAUAAAAAUUUCACAACCAAUAAAAAGUCACUGGGCUAAGGAGAAGUCCUUAAAUUUAGACGAGCUAUUGAGUGAUGGUGAUUACAAGGAACAAUACAGACUAGAUAUGAUCAAAUGGAGCGAUGAGAUGAGGGAACACGAUUAUGGAUGUUUCUGUAAAGCAGCUUGUCAAAAUGCAACAGACAAACCCAUAUGGAUUGUCAGUGAUAUUCGAAGGCAAACCGACAUACAAUGGUUUAAGGAAAAUUAUGGGCAUUUAAUAAAGACAAUAAGAUUGAUAGCAGAUGAAGAAACAAGAAAAGAGAGAGGAUUUAAGUUUAAGAGUGGGGUGGACGAUGUUGUCUCGGAGUGUGGUUUGGAUGAUUACAGUGAAUGGGAUCUUAUUAUUGAUAAUGGUAAAAAUAGAAAGACUUUAGAUAAACAGUUGAGUAGUAUUAUGGCAUUAAUAAAUAGCUUAUGAUCAGGGCUUCUUUAUAAAGCAGAUAAGAUAUGUUUUGAUACUUCUUAGUACAGGGUUAUAGUGGUGGUAUUAUUGUAAUUGCUAAAUUAAUAAUAAAUAACCUUAUAAUUGUAAUUUAAAUGAGAAGAUUAAAAAGUUUUUGUUCUUUUUUUCACAAAUUGUUUAUGGUGUAGGUUUAAUGCUACUAUGAAAUAAUAAUCAUUGAUUAAUAAUAAGACCUUUUUUCAGCCCAGUGCCUAAAGGCAGUCAAUUUAUUUACAGCUUAUUUCAUGUGAUUGUUUAAUUUUCUUUCUUUGACUGUUAAAAAUAGUCUUUAUCUUUAUUGUUUGUUUUACACUAGUGUGAAAAGUAACACACAUUGUUUGUAGUGAAAAAAUGUACUGUGGUUAUGUAUGUAUAAUAGAUUAUAUUAAUUAUGUUUAUUAGUUAUUUAUUUUGAUACACUUUACAUGAUCAGAAUUCUUCAAUGUUCAAAUUAUAUCCAUUUUGGUUUAUUGUAUUAAUUAAUUAAUUUAUUAAAAAUAGUAUAUAAGAUUCUACUUUAUUCCAU